AAAAAAUGACGUAGCUAACAGAGAGUGUGCGCGCGCGACACAGGGGAGCUCCUCUACGAAGUUUUUGGAUAUGUACUCGAGGGUGUUUUCAUCGAUUCGCUGACUAUUACACGGCAACCAUAGAGCGUUUGUGUGGGUAAUUAGAAAGUUUAUUUGUAAUACGUGUUCAAAAUCCUCGACGCAAAAAAAAAAGAAGAAUAUUCGUUCACAGGGAAGGAAAAAAAAUAACACACUCAUUCGUUAGCGGUCCGCUAGCUAGCUCAUCUAGGGAUAAAGCAAUAUCAGGUACUGCUGGAGCAGUAGCUAGCUUAGCUAUCCUAUCUGGUAGCAGUAGCCGGCUUGUUGAACAUCGUUAAAACAACAUCAUAUAUCAUCAUCAUCAUCAUCAUCAUUAUUAUUAUUAUUAUUACUCGCUCAUGUAGGUCUGAUCUAGACUGAAUGCAGGGAUGCCUGAUGGCGUUUUGUCCGAGUCUCCAUGUUUUACUGUCGCAGCCUGCAGCACCGCUAGCUCACACACACACACACACACACACACACACACACUGACACACAAACACACAUUCACAACAAAGAAACCGGAAGCACUGGAGAGGCGCUGUGUGUGUGUGUGUGUGUGUGUGUGAGAGAGAGAGAGAGAGAGAGAGAGAGAGUGUGUGUGUCAUGAUUACAGGAUGAACGCAGAUCUUUUAAAGCAAAACCAUCCCGUAAAAGUCUCCUCGCAUUGGAUCAUUUCUUUCCUCCUUCCUGAGCCUCAUCUGUCUUUCUGAGGCUCUGUAUUCUCUCAUGAACAGAUAACGAAAAGGCACAACGUGGCAUUCACCAACCGCUUCUUUUCUUCCUUUUGUAUUUGUUUUGUUUUGGUUAGUGAUGCAUUAAAAGUCGACCUGAUACAGUUUUCAUCCCUCCAGUUUACUGUCAGCAUUUUAGAUGCAGCCCAUUCUAUCUGUAAGUUCAUUUCGACAUGAGAAAAUCUUAUUAAAACUAAAAUGGUAUGAUCCAUCUAGGUUUUGUUUUUUUGUUUUUUUUGUUAAUCAUCUGUCACCCUUAAAAAGUCCAGUUAAUGUAUUUAGAUUGUACUUGUUAAAUUUUAUAACUAGAAUGACCUGAUCUGUUAUUGAACACCAAGACUGAUGCUGAUCAAAUAAUUGGAUUCAAAUCUGAUUAGAAUCGACCUAUUUUCCAAUCCAGUUCACUUGAGCGAUUACCGUGAUGCAGAUCAUGCACAUGAGCACAGCACACAAUGUGGUAUCAAGCCAAUACCCGUCAUUUUUGAUAUCAGAAUCACUUUGUACGUUACAGCUCAGAAAAUGGGAAUGCUAUUCAGUACACAGACCGAGAAGCAGAGGUAUCUCUGUUAUAAAGAAAAAAAAAAAUAUUUCAUUAUAGGUACCUGGCUGUUAAUGGUGAAGAGACUUAAUGUCCAGAGGCUGAGAGGGUACAACAAGGAUGUCUGGAGAUCCCUUUUCAUCUAUUGGAUCAUCAGUUGUAUCGGCAAACUUCAAGAAACGGAAGUCACGCUUCACAUUUUCUGAGGUUCAACUUCUGCUGACUGAGGUGAAGAGAAAUCGCCACAUACUGGUGGGUAAAUUCAAUCAGGGAGUCUCCAGUGAUGUUAAGAAGCGAACAUGGGCCGCUCUCACAGCUCGCAUCAACGAGAUCAGUGAGUGUCACAGAGAGGUCAUCGAGAUCGUGAAGAAGUGGUCUGAUCUCAAGUGUGACACCAAACGCAAGGUGGCAGCCAUGAGAGCUUCCGGCUUCUCUGCUGCACGCAUUACCGACGACCUUUCUCCUGUAGAGAGAAUGGUGCACCAGAUCCUCCAGGCUGGACCAGGGGAGAAGUUCCCAGUGUCAGAUAGUAUUGCAGAUGAGGAUGAGGACAGCCAAGGUGCCUCUGCGAUACCACCGCACAUUCCUGGUACAGCAAACGGCAGGCUGCCCAUCAAGCCUCAGGUUAUGCCACACCACUCUGGCAUGAGCAGCAAAGGAGACACAGAUCUGCCACUGGAUAUACCUUGCAGUUAUGAUUCUGCAGUGCCUCUCACUGACCUCGAACCAUCAGGCACAGAAGACCAGGGCCUUGGAGUCAGUGACGCAAAAUAUCAGUCUAAUCCAAACAAGAUACUCCCUGACCUGUCCACCCCUGACAGAGACCUUAUCAAAACUGAAACGCAGCCGAAGGAAUCAAGCAAUAGUACAGACCAUGCAGGAAGCACUUCCCGUGCAUCUGUUUCCCGUCUUGGAUCGCAAGGCCCAGGAAGUCUGCAGGAGCAUCUCGCCAAGAGCGCCUCCCUCAGCUUACAGGAGCAACAAGCCACCACCGUGCUGAUAGGGACCGUGUCACGUUCACUGGAGUCAGUGGCCGAGUCUGUGCAGCGGCUAGUGCAGACACAGCAGGAGUAUGCACGGGACACACUGCGUCUGCAGAGAGAUACACUGCAUGUACUACGUGACUUUUCCUCCAGUGCACUGGCACUGAUGCAGGACAAAUCUAAAGGUCACCCAUAGCACCUGUAUCUCACCUAAAUGUACUCUACACUAGUGAUGGGCAUUUUGAGUAAAUUUGUUGUCAAGUACUUAACCCUAUAAAAAGCUAUUUAAUCUUUAACGUAAACACUUUUCUUUUAGAUAUUUUGCUUCACUUAAGAUCCUGCAUUUUUAUAACUGUCAGGCUCAGUGGCAAGAACCACAGCCAACUGACUCAAUUCGAACUGACUUGGACAGCAAUAAUGUUAUAAUUUUAUACUGUCAUGCUUGGAGUAGCACCAUACUAUGCUUUAUAUUGCAAAAAACUUGCAAUAUAUUAUUUCAUUCUGUUUACUGAUUCAUAUCAAAAUGUAACUGAUUUGGAUUUAUUUAUUUGCCUACAGUAAUGGUUUUUUUUUUUUCACUGAUAUUUUGUAUUUCUUACAUGGCCUAGGAUUUAUGUAAAACUGGGCAUAUCUGGGUGCAAGAAGCAUCUUCAGGGACAAAAUUCAGUAAAGCUCCAUUAAAACAUUUUCCAGAGAUGCUUAAUCCAACAUGAAUGUGGCAGAUGGUUGGUAUGCUGAAUUUUAAUAUUCACCAACUCGAAUUUUUAUUUAACCAACUGACUCAAACUAACUCAAAAAUGUGAAUAAAAAGUAAAAAAAAGUCUAAUUAUCUAAAGAGCUCAGUUUUUGGUACUGUAGUAGCCACCAUAUAAAUAACAGUUUCUAAAUGUGAUUGUUUUUUCAGUGUCUUUAUGUGAAGGUGCUCUGCUAUCCUAGUACAAUUUUUUCUUCUGGCACUGAUGUGGAAGUCACAUAUGAAUAUUGAUAAAUGAUGUGUUUUUGUAGUGCUGCUGUAUUUUUAAAGUCUGACAAUAUUUCAACAUUCCCUGUUUUCUCAAAGAUUAAAGCAAUGCCUUGUUUGGUUUUAUCACCAGAGCGGCAGGCUGAGAAAUAUGUGGUCGCAUGUCUGCCUCAUAUAGCCCCUGUUGAAAAUGACAGCACAUUUUUUCACAUCUGCUAUAAGCCAAGCAUGGCAAUGCUUUAAUCAAUUCAGUUUUUCCCCAUUGAGUUGGUAAUUGAACUGGUUAUGUUGUUACACAAUGAAUACUUCAUUAGUGCCCAUCACUAGUCUAUACACUUCAGCUUUAAGCUAUAGGAUGUUCUCUGGAGAACAAGGAGGGACUGUUGAACUAAAUAAACAGUACAGUUAUAUGCCUCAGGAGUAUAUAAUAAAAGUCCACUACAGCGUUCAGCUACCUCCCUCUCAGUGUUCAUAGUGAUCACAGGACUCAUAAAUGCACUAAUACUGCUUUGUGUGCAGGAGCCUUUUCAAACAAGCUCUCCCACAUCUAGCGAUGGAGUCAUGUGGAAAGGCUGGUAUGGAACAACUGGAAAGUAGCAUUAGUUCAGCAAACUGUUUUUCAGAUCAGAGCUGUCUCUUUGUUGAAACCUGUUGACUGUUCGGACCAGUGAUAAGACACGCCUAUUCUAAAUUGAAUAAAGCUUUAUUUAAUGAUGCAAUGUAAGUACGCUUCUGUAAUAGUUUUAAAUUAUGAGUGAAUUUAAAACAAGUCUAUUUAUCUGAAAUGCUCAGUUUGUGGUAUUUUAGCCACUAUGUACGUCAUAGUGUCUUUUGAUUUGAUUUGAUUUUUUUUUAUUUUUUGUUCUUUAUAUGUGACUUACUAACAUUUCAAACUUCUGUUUUCUCAUGCAAAUGUUAAAACUCAGAUCUUAUCUGAAUUAUUAGACAUUGUGUGGACCACAUUUUUCAGUAAAUUUGCCGGUUUUCUAACCUUUACUGUUGACCUUUAACUACCUUUAAUUAUGAAGCGGUUACUUUUUGUAUUUAAAAGAAAUUUCCUCUUUGUAGUUACCAGUGCCAUAUGAUAUAUGAUUCUGAAAGUGCUCAAUAAGGAUACCUUUCAUACAGCUUCCACUGAUUCCUUG